GCCGCCCCUGCUGGAAGGAAAGGGAAGGGUGCUCAGAGGCACAGAGACUUAAACAUUCACAGUUCAGCGUGAGCAACAGCGGUUCCCAUUUGGGCCCCUGCUGUGUCCAGACGAGAACCAGAGCUCUGCAGGCCUCGUUCUCAGUGUGCCCGCUCCAGCCCAGCCUCCAGUCAAGCAAAUCAAGGCCUGCGGCAUUCCAAGCCAGGCUCAGCUAGUGUCUCUCAUUGGGGCCCCUCUGCCCUGGCUCCUCGCCCAGCCACAGCUGCUUCUGCCCACACCUCACACAGCCCUGCCCCCAGCUGUAUCACCUGGCAUUCCCAGCCUGGUCCCACAGUCCCCGGGGUUCUCUGGGCCCGGCCACCAUCUGGCUCGGGACCUUUCCCCUUUUCUGGGCUAGGGACGGCCGGGUGCAGUGGGAAGGAGGCUGCUGCGAGCAGUAGGUCCCUGCUGGGCAGAUCCGUCACAGACAGAAACCAGACAGAGCCGGGGCGGAAGAGGAAGAAGCUCGCCCACGGUGGCACAAUAGGUUAGCAGCAGGGCCAGGAGCAGCACCCAGGGCUCGGACUCCUCGUCCUUGGCCAUUGGAGCACACAGCCUCCCACUCUGGACCCUGGGUGCUAAACAUGUCUCUGUCAUCUUCCUCCGGAGCUACAUUGAGCUGUGGUUCACUGGCUCCGGGGGUGGCACGCCCAACCGCUGCAUGUCCUAGGUGAGUGACGACAAUUGCAAGUGUCAGGUAAAUCCCCAUUCCCUUUUGGCACAAGAACAAUUCCUCCCAUGCCCAGCUCUCUGGGAGCUCAGCCAAACCUUGGAAAUUUGCUGGGUUCCCCACUCCCCUGCUUCCUGAAGCCAAGUGUUGUCCUCAGGCAGACAGCCCUAUAAAAGCAGCCCAGGGAGGCAGAUCCAGCCAGAAGGCUCCUCUGCAGCUGACUCCUGCUCACCGGCCCCAGCAGGACCCUCCUCCAUUUCACCAUGGCAAAGGCAGCUGGGCUUGUCUGCACACUUCUCCUACUGGCUUCGUUCUGCUGCCAGAGCCUGGCUCAGAGAGGCUCUGCUGUGCCGGAGAAGUGCUGCUUCAGAUUCCAGAAAACGAAGCUCAAGAGAGACAACACCAUCAGCUGUUACCCCACUAGUCCAGUGUGCCCUCAGCCAGCCGUGAUAUUCAAAAUGAAAGAAGGCCAGGAGAUCUGUGCCAAGCCUGACAGACCCUGGGUGAAAGAAUACCAGAAAUUUCUCUCCUCAGCUAGUAAAGCCUGAAGGCCACUGGGAGACGAGCCAGGAGCUCCCGGUCACAGGCGCAGCUCGCUUGCUGUGCACAUGUUUCGUGGCACAAGGGAAUCCGCUUUAAGCUUCAUGUAGCAAGCAUGUUCCUGUCUUGUAUCUGCAAUUAUAUAAUCACCCUCUGCUGUGCUGAAUGCUGGUUCAUAGCUGUGGUUAUUCUGAAAUGGUGCCUUGAGAGAAUGAAGGGACAGGGGAGGGGGCUGUUGUCCCAGAUGUCAGUCCCAUGAUGGAAGUCAUCUAGUAGCAACCUCUAGGAGCAAAAUGUUCUUCACUCAAGGAUUUCCACUGCCUCUCUUUACCCCUCCACGGAGCCACCUUCCUGAGGUUUCAGCUACAAAACACCCUCUGCUGAGAUGUC